UUGUGGAGACCGGUGGCUAACAGCUAGUUGGCUAGUAGUAGUGUGUGUGUGAAAAUGUACCGGCGUGGUAAAUAAAUGCAGUGCAGAACACAGCGAGCCGCGUUACUGCAAUAUACAUGUUGUACAUGUGAGCUGAAUAAGUUAGUUUUUUUAAAUUUUUCUUGUCGUACUGUGCCAAAAAUCCGACUAGCGAAUCGAAUGGCAUCGUUUAACGCCGGCAACGGAGAAGUGUCCGGGGGUGCCCCGAUCCUGGUGGAGGUGGGUCCCGACAUCCACAUCUGUGGCAUCUGCAAGCAGCAGUACAACAACUUUGAGGUGUUUCUCGCCCACAAGCAGAGCGGCUGCCACGUGCCCUCGGCCGAAGCGGCUGCGCCGCCCGCCGUCCCCGCCGUCACAGAUUCCAGCACUGAGUUUGUGUUUGAAGAAACAUACCAAACCUGCAUUCCCAGAGGUGUCAAAAAGAUCCAAACCAAAGCACAGAAAACACCUUCCAAGAAGCUGAAGCCGGCACUGACUUCAAAGAGGCGCAGCUGCUGCUUCUCAGGUUGUUCCUUCAAAACACAAUAUGGCCAAAAGGACAUGGAGCGGCACCUUAAGACCCACACAGGCGAGAAGCCUUUCGAGUGUGAGAUGUGCCACAAGCGCUUCAGCCGGCGGGACAAGCUAAGCAUGCACAGGCGUUCGCACACGGGGGAGAAGCCGCACAAGUGUAAGCACUGCACCUACGCCGCAGCCGACAGCAGCAGCCUGAAGAAGCACCUGCGCAUCCACUACGACGAGCGGCCCUUCAAGUGCCAGAUCUGCCCGUACGCCAGCCGCAACUCGAGCCAGCUCACCGUGCACCUCCGUUCCCACACAGGAGAUGCCCCGUUCCAAUGUGAUCAAUGUAAUGCCAAGUUCAAGAUCAACUCGGACCUGAAGCGGCACGCCCGCAUCCACUCGGGCGAGAAGCCUUAUCAGUGCGACUUCUGCGAGUACCGCUGCGCCAUGAAGGGCAACCUGAAGUCCCAUGUGCAGAUAAAGCACGGCACGUCAAACUCCUUCCGCUGCACGCAGUGCGACUUCCAGUGCGCCAGUAAAAUGGCGCUGCGGCAGCACUCCCGCGAGCAUCGGCCCACACAGCCAGUCAAGUGCCCCAAGUGCAGUUACUCCUGUGCCAGCAAGGGGGCGCUCAAGAUCCACGAGCGCAUCCACUCAGAGGAGCGGCCCUUCAAAUGCGACGUGUGCAGCUUCGCCACCAAGCAGCGCAGCAACCUGGUCAUCCACAGGAAGAAGUUUCACUCGGACGGUGCGGAGCGAGGAGGCAACAAGGCGGCACGGGGGGAGGAGGUGCCGCGUCCAGCCAGUUCGCGUUACCGGGCCAAGCUGGACGCCGCUCGUGCCUUCGCCUGCGACCUCUGCGAGGCGUCGUUCGUGCGCGAGGACUCCCUGCGCAGCCACCGGAAGCAGCACCGCGACUCCCAGCCGGCCAUGCUCCAGCUGCAUGCGACACCCCGCGACUCUCUCCCACCCCCUGAUGACGGGACCCUCCAGGCCCCCAGCCAGCUGUCCGCUUACAUCGUGGGCCACUCGGCCGGAGUGGGUGCGCAGCAGGCCAAAGGGGGUUCCGUCGUUCUCGGUCCUGAGGGGCCCGACCUGGUGGUGGGACCUGUGAUCCAACAGGUGAGUCUUCUCGCACCAGUCCAGCACAUCCUGCCUCACCAUGACGAGGCAGGUGGUGCUCUGGAGCCACAGACAGUGCUGCUCACCCACCUGGGCCCCGGGUCCAGCCCCGGCGACUCGCUGCACCAGGCGCUCCUGCAGAGCACUGCCGUCAGCUCCCAGGACUCAACCGGCACGCAGGCUUUCAUCACCGCCUGCUCCGACCUGGACGGCCUCAACGCCCUCAUCCAAGAGGGGGGCACGGAGGUCACCGUCGUCACAGAGGGCAACCCUGGCGUGAACGCCACUCCCGUCGCCACACUCUCCCCGUCCCAGGACUUCACGUCAAGUCACGUCAAGCAGACCUCGGCCACUUCCAGCGACUCUGCCCCUGGCCAGGACUCGGGCCUCAUGGUGCCCAACCUGAGCAUCAGCUCUCAGGGCGUUAUCAUCCACAGCCUACCUCUCGUGGUCUCUGCACCCCAACAGGGGGCGCUGGACCAGGUCUCUGCUCAGAGCAUGUACCCAGACACACACACACUUGAUGUGGCCAUCGAGGAGUGACUGGCCUGCGUGUUUACCAUCAACAAACAGUUAUUUAUUUUCAGCAUCUGCUCGUGUUUCUUCAACAGGAGUCAUUAACCAAAAACAUCCAACACGUGAAAUACAGCAAAUCCUUAUUCCCAUAAAAUAAUUUCCCAGAGUUUAGAGUUCCAGCUUUGGUUGCAGUUUUGUACAGCCUCUGACAGGAAAAAGGUGUCUGUUGUUUGUGUCUAACAACUUAGAACCCAUGAAAUUUGUUUAAAUUUUUUAACGUUGGUAUUAUUAGUUCCUCAAUGUGUCCACAGCUUCUAAUUGUUACUGUGAAAUGGACCAGUUUGCCUUCAUCAGCAACAAUAAACAGUUACAUGCUCUAAAUUCUCAGCCUUCA